AUGUAAACCAGAAUGGCCAAGAGACUCUAAAAAGACUUAGAGCAGAUGCAAAAAUCAUAUACUGAUUAAUUCAAUGUAAGGAUGCCCAAUAAUGAUAUCAAACAUUGGAUUGUUGCAUUUGAAGGUGCAAAAGGGACUCUUUAUCAAGGGGAGAAAUUCGAAUUGCAGUUCAAAUUCUCAAAUGAAUAUGUAGAACCAAUUGAAUCACCUGAAGUCAUCUUUAUUGGUAAGCCACCUGAGCAUGAACAUAUCUAUUCAAAUGGAUUCAUUUGUUUAUCAAUAUUAUUUGAUGAAUGGUCAGCUGCAUUGACUGUAUCAUCUGUGUGUCUCUCAAUCCAAUCCAUGUUGUCAAGUGCUACAAAAAAAAUGAAACCUCCCAAUGAUGCAGAGUUUGUAAAGAGAGCCGCAGGAAGAGGACCAAAGAGUUUUCUUUGGAGUUACCAUGAUGAAAAGUGCUGA